AUGGCUCGCUCUGUUAUCGCACGGCGCGUGAUGUCUGUCGACUGUAUCCAUUCCAACGGGGUUGACCAUGGAGACCUACAUCUCUGUAGUGUCGUUCUGCGUCUGCCAGCCCACUUUAAUAAGCUUCCAAUUCCACAGAUAUACGGUAAAUACAGCACACCUAUUCCAGAGCCUAUUAUCCGCCAUGACGGCUAA